CGGGGCGCUGCGGGGUCCGCGGGCGCUUUGGGCGGCGGUGCCCCGAGUCGUCGGGGUGCGGAGGAGGGCGGGCAGGGUUUUCAAAGCCCCUUCCCGCAGCAUAAACACUUCGCGCUCAGAGCAGCCCGCAGCGGGGUCCCGCAGCAGAGACGCUCGGGCAUAAACAGUUUGCGUAACACUUCCUCGGCCGGGUGCAAGCCGAGUGCCAAAUUUCUUUKUAAAAAAGAAGAAAAAAAUCCUCAUGGGAAACAAACAUUUAAUCAGGCACAAGAUAUAAACGAAACAUCAYAAGGCAUGUGUUGCUAAAAUGCUUAAACAGGAAGCAUAUGAUUUUCCAUGGAUGUUUUUCCAGGUGAGUCAUGGUGUUUGUGCAUGCUCUUACUCAUUACUGAAGAUCCCCGUCUGGUGGCAUGUACAGUACAUAGAAUGGGAAGGUUUAGUUGGGCAGAGGCAUCAAGUGCGAGUAAGGAAAAGCACCUUUUCCAGUGCUGUGGCAGAGCAGUCAUGAGGCUGUGACUGCCAGCAUUGAAAUCUAUGCUCUCAGUUUGUCCUUUUACUGAAUUCCUGUGGCAGCCAGUGUUACAUUAGAAAGCUGUCACUUUUCAUAGCAUGAAGUGCUCUGCAUCGGUCAUGCAACUCUUUUCCAAUUCAAGUGAAAACAAACACCCUUUCAAAGGGGGUUUCCUCUCCCCCCUUUCUGCCCCUGAGACCCACAUCUAUGUGCCAGCAGCAUUUCUCAAAUCCUACUCAAGCCAAGGUCCCUUGCCCCACAUCUGACCCCGGUGAGGAAGGGACCCUUGCUGCCUGGCUCAAAGACAACUGUACUAAGUGACCCUGCAUGACCAGGACUGGAGCAUAGCCUGAGCUGGGAGCAAUCAUAUGCUCUCAGCUCCCAGGGUCUCCCAUGGGAUUUGGUAACCCGCCCCUCCCAGCUGGGCUCAGGCAGAGCCUUGUCCCUGCCCUGGGGCCAGCUACGCCUGCCCUACCAACUGCAGUCACGGGGAAACCUCCCAUUGACCAGGUCCUCCUCCACUGCAUUCCUGGAGGCAGCAGUGUGGUGUGCAAAAAUCAAAAGGACUUGAUAAACACAAACAGUAAUCUCAACCUGUCUGAUGGUGCUGACUGAACCCUGCUCUUCCUGCCACUUCCCAAAUCUGCUUUGCAACAUCUGAGGGAACCACAGUAAAUGUUAAUCUAUUUGUUUAGCAGCCAACUGCACUAUGUUACACAUAGCCAAAGAAUCCAGGAAAGCAGCCAAAGACAUAAAUUAGGCCAACUACUGGCUAGCCUAACUGAUAAUAUGAUAAUAGCACUUAACUUACCUACCCCUCAGGACAGCUACAUAGGUUAAUGUUUAUACAACACUUUGAAAAGGAUGUUCGGGAGUUGUAAGUGAUAUUACAUCAACCUUACAGUUCUAUUUGUUUACUUUUCUAGAGCAAACAUAUUCUGCACAGUUWCUAUAGGUCAUCUCCACCACAGCGUUACAGCACACUGUAGGAAGCUAACUUCACCAAGCAUUUCUUGUUCACUAAAAAUUUCCCAAGACUGCUUACCAGUAAAAUCCAAGACUGGAUUUGGAAGUGCCAUAUACAGGGUGCAUAGCAAGCAGUGGUCCACAACUGUUCUGAUGAAAUGCUACAGAAAAUCUGCAUAGAGCUUUGGUGUUAGAAAUGGKUUUUUAUGCAGGGUGUUUCUUGAGGAGCAGAAGCGAGGAAUGCUGUUAGGCUUGGAAGGCUUAGCACUGCUGGUGUAUAAUAUAGCUUAAUUGCAAAAAUGACACUGUAGGCAAAAGCUGAAUAAGCCCCAGAUAAAAGACUUACUGGAUGCUAAACUGAAAUGACCUUCAGACAUAACAAAAAUGCUAAGAAGAAUACAUUAAUUGGUGCACAAAGCUGACUGUGUAUGCCUGGCCUGGUGAUAAAGAAGACAUUAUGCACCUCAGAUGCUUUGACCUGCAUGCAUCCAAGUCAUCAGAACUUUUUUUUAUGUUAAACAAUUCACCAAAUACUGCCUUGACCUACUCUUGCAUUUAUUAAAAAAAAGUUGGAGAGCCCCUAAUCAAACAUUCCUGGAGCAAAAGUUCCAUUGAUUACAUGUGAGAGUUACAUGGUUUCACAGUAAACCCCACGGCGAUUUUAUUUUUCUCUUACACUAACUGUGGAUUUUAAAACUGACAGGACUUCCAGAAAAGCUUGAACAAAAACCACAGAGUCUCAGCUGUGCGGCAGCUUGCCAGCAUAAUUUCAACCAAAACUUUAUCUUUUUUUUCCCCCUUUACACACACCAGCAACAGCCUUUCCAAACUUAAGCAAUGCUACAAUUAAACACUGAUGUCAGCAGCACUUUCUGAUUGUGGGAAGAUUUUGGGGUAGGGAUGGAGGGGUGGGAAAGGGGGUGAAGACUUGAAGUCAUUGCUGGCAGGUGAUAUUUGUGUCAGCUCUCAUACCCCCGACACCUGAUGUGCUGCAUGGUGAGAUGGGUUGCAGCAAUGCUGUCUCCCAUGGCCACCUCCUGGCAUGUGGCCUUGGUGGCAGCCUGUCUUUCUUCUGCUUUUCUCCAAUUCCCCAGGGCACCUGGAUCCCCUUGGAGGCCUCGGGGUGUGGGUGGCAUGGCUCUGAAGCCUCAGCCCUGCUCUGGUCCCUUGGGAUGGGAGGGUAGGGUAUACUCAUUUCUGCUCCUGCCUGCUCUGCACCUCUUGGUACGGAUUUUCCCAAGUGCAGGGAAACCCUAAAGAGUUUUCAGGUGGUUUUUUGGUUUUCUAGACACGCUGAGCUCCACAUAGGGGAGAGCUGAGCARCAGUGCCCCACUGUCCCACAGCCUCUCCAGGGCUCAGCGGGUACAAGUGGCACAUGGUUUUGGCGAGGGCAGCAGCCACUGCAGUCUGCUCUGAGGGCGUGGGGAGCUCCCACCUCAGGAGCCGCCUGCAGUCCCCCGCUCUGUGCCCCGCAGGUGUGGGUGGCAUGGCGAGAGCGAGCAGUCCCUGCGAGAAGGCCUGCAACCCCCGGAUGGGCAACCUGGCACACGGGCGGGCGCUGCGCACCGAGACGUCGUGUGGCCGCCAUGCCRCCGAGGCCUUCUGCACCUACAGCGAGGAUGCGCAGGGCCGCUGCCAGCGUCCCACRUGUGGCCGCUGCAGCCGGGCCCACAGGGGGCUGGCGCAUCCCCCCGCCGCCAUGGCAGACUCUCCAUUCUCCCUGCCCCGCACCUGGUGGCAGGCGGCCCAGGAUGCCCCCCGCGAGACCAUCCGCCUGGACCUGGAAGCCACCUUCUACUUCACUCACUUGAUUAUGGUCUUCAAGUCACCCAGGCCGGCUGCCAUGGUGCUGGAGCGCUCCCAGGACUUCGGCGAGACAUGGAAGCCUUACAAAUACUUUGCUGCUAACUGUUCAGCCACCUUUGGGCUGAAGGAUGAUGUGAGGCAGAGAGGAGCCAUUUGCACUUCCAGAUAUUCGAGUCCCUUCCCCUGCACUGGAGGAGAGGUGAUCUUCCGAGCCCUGUCACCACCUUACRCCGCAGAGGACCCCUACAGCGUGGAAGCCCAGGCACAGCUGAAGAUCACCAACCUGCGGGUGCGGCUGUUGGAGCGACAGGGCUGUCCCUGCAUCCCAGCCGGCCCGGCCCCACAGCCCCCGCCUUCCCUGCACUUYGCCAUCUAUGACUUCAUCGUGAAGGGCAGCUGCUUCUGCAAUGGCCAUGCUGACCACUGCGUCCCUGUCGCUGGAUUCAAGCCCACCAAAGCAGCUGGUGUUUUCCAUGUGGUCCACGGGAAAUGCAUGUGCAAGCAUAACACCGCAGGGUCCCACUGCCAGCACUGCGCCCCGCUCUACAAUGACCAGCCUUGGCAGGCUGCCRAUGGCAAAACCGGAGCCCCCAGAGAGUGCCAGUCAUGCAAGUGUAAUGGGCAUGCCGACACUUGUCACUUUGACAUGGAUGCAUGGCUGGCAUCGGGCAAUCGCAGUGGUGGUGUCUGUGACAACUGUCAGCACAACACAGAAGGGCAGCACUGCCAGCACUGCAAGCUGGGCUUCUACCGUGACCUCAGGAAGCCCUUCUCUGCCCCAGACGCCUGCAAACCUUGUUCUUGUCACCCCGUGGGAUCAGCCGUGCUCCCCCUGGGCCCCCGCACCUUCUGUGACCCCAGCACUGGUGACUGCCCCUGCAAGCCCGGCGUGGCAGGGCCUCGCUGUGACCACUGCCUCCCUGGGUACUGGGGCUUCGGUGCCUAUGGCUGCCGCCCCUGUGACUGUGCACGCAGCUGUGACCCCCACACCGGUGACUGCCACAGCAGCAGCUCAGAUGUGACCUGGCACAAUGAAGCACCUCCUUUCCAGGCAGUUCUCAAUGAGAGUGAGCCCACCUGGAGCUGGGAAGAUGAGCAGGGCUUCUCAGCACUCCGGCAUUCUGGUAAAUGCGAAUGUAAAGAGCAAGUUUUAGGGAAUCCGAAGGUCUUCUGUGGGAUGAAGUACACCUAUGUGAUAAAGACAAAGAUCUUGUCAGCUCAUGACAAAGGCUCCCAUGCAGAAGUCGGUGUGAAGAUCAAGAAAGUCUUGAAAUCUACAAAGCUGAAGAUCCUCCGGGGCAAGAGGACACUCUACCCUGAAUCCUGGACUAACAGAGGCUGCACUUGUCCUAUCCUGAAUCCUGGCUUGGAGUAUCUUGUGGCAGGACACGAGGACGUCCGAACGGGCAGACUCAUUGUCAACAUGAAAAGUUUUGUCCAUCAGUGGAAGUCGUCACUUGGAAGAAAGAUCUUGGAGAUUUUGAAAAGAGACUGCAACUAGAGGUGUGCAACUACCUAGGGCAUUUCUUUAUGCACAAAAUGCAACAACCUCCACAGAGAGAAGACCUCUAGCWUGAAAACUGGAAUGUAAGAAAAUAGUGCCAAAACAUGUAGUGAGGCUUUCAGAGUUGUUGAGCUGUCUGAUUUAACCCUUUCUGGCCAAUGUGCUUUCACUUGCCUAUAGCUUCCUUAUCAGGGGUUCACCUGAGCCCUGCUCAUCGUURCGUUGAGGGAAACAAAAGGAAGGGCGGUGGAUGCUUGUCUUGCUCCAGUGCAGUGUUGGAGGAACUCCCAUGAAGCCACUGAUCACCUGAGAUUAAAUUGCCACCCUGGAAGAGCUACCACUGAGACGCAAAACACUGCCAGUGCCACUAGCGUGGAUCCUGAGUGACUUCCAGAGGCUCCCAGAGGAUGCUGUGGGGAAGGCAAUGGCCACAGUGGUGGGUAGGGGCUGGCACCAGCGUGGCAAUGACACCCACUUGUUAGAAACACCCCCUUACAGGUCAGGACAUGGCAACCAUCAAAGAGAAUUGGGUGCCACUUGCUCUUAACCUGUUUGCCCUGCUGAAGGUUUCAAGGGCUAGAUUCUCUGCUGAUGCUGUUGAGGACGGACUCAUGCUGGAGUGAAUUAAUCCCUCUGCCUUGGCACAGGUAUGAUGCAGGACAGAGGCCAGCUCUCCACCCACUGCACGGCUGCAGGGAAGAGCUAGCUGCAGGGGGUGCAGCGGCUCUGAGCUUUUGUCCUUGCAGUGUUAAAAAAUGAACCUAGCCCUAAURUAAAUAUUUCAUUGUAUAAAGCACUUUACUACCUGGCACUUCAUGGUGCGGGAAGUCUAAUUGURUUGGGGAAAGAAGAGUUUGAAGGUGGCGUGUGAAAAAAACUCCCUGAAACAGAAGCACUCCUGAAGACCCCCCGCAACUGGACGGCAUUAACAGUAUAAAGGGAAUGGCCAGCCUGGCACUGGCCACUCAGAAUAUCUGAGGAUGCAAUCUGAAAGAUAAAGUAUUUGCACUGAAGUCCCAGCUUCAGACCAGCACUUGGACCUCGUGGGCAGGACUCCAGCAAGACUUUGCAAACAGAGUGAGAAGAAGAGACUUUGAGAUUAAAAUGCAAUUGCCAGAGGAGAAAAACUCUGRCUGCAGGAAAAGGAGUGGAUGCAGAGAAUGGAAAGGACUUGCAUUCACAUAUCACAACCCUGCGAUUCAUGGUGGGCCUGGAGUUUAUUUUAUUUUUAUAUUAGUAUUUAAAACUGAACAUUUUAUUUGUUUUCUUCUUUGUUAUUGUUUGCAAUAUAUACAGCCAUUAUACUUCCUCAUUAACACCUGUAUGAAAUAUAGCACAGUUUACUGCAGUUUUCAGCACUAAAAUGUAUCUUUUCUGUUAAGUAUCUUUAAACCACAUUGCAUAGAGUGUAUUUUGUUCGUGAGUGUGAAGGGAAAGAAGACAUACAACAUCAGAAAAGUCACAAGUCUACCAAUCCACUUUAUGUAUGUAUUUUUCUUUCAAGGUCCUGUGGACUCACAAAAAAAGAUACUAUUUUGGUAAUUUGUUUYUGUAUCUCAUGUAUGUAAUAAAUAAUAAAUAUAAUAUGAUUUCUUCUCUGUGACCACUUA